GAUAAAGGCGGCGCUAGUGGUUCCCAAGCAGCAGGGCCUUGCCUUUGUGGGUGUAGAAAGAGAAGAUGGCUCCCGUUCUGGAGAAACAGCUCCCGGGUGCAGCCGGGUCAGGCGACAAUAACAACGAAGACGAAGAAGGACAAAACCUUUGGUCUUCAAUUCUAAGUGAGGUUUCAACUAGGUCGAGUUCAAAAUUGCCAUCAGGAAAAAACAUCUUGGUAUUUGGUGAGGAUGGCUCAGGAAAAACAACACUUAUGGCCAAACUUCAAGGAGCUGAACACAACAAGAAGGGAAGGGGACUGGAGUAUCUUUACUUAAAUGUCCAUGAUGAAGACCGAGAUGACCUUUCUCGCUGUAAUGUGUGGAUCCUGGAUGGAGACCUAUACCACAAAGGCCUUCUUAAGUUUGCUGUGACAGCUAAGUCACUACCUGACUGCCUAGCUGUGUUUGUUGCGGACAUGUCACGGCCCUGGACCAUUAUGGAGUCAUUGCAGAAGUGGGCCAGUGUGCUUCGUGACCAUGUGGACAAGCUCAAAAUUUCCCCAGAAGACAUGAGAGAAAUGGAGAAGAGGAUGGUAAAAGCUUUCCAAGAGUACACAGAACCAGAGGACGCCAUUCCAUCCUCUCCACGACGAGCCCCGACAUCGGGGGAAGAUGAGGCCAUCGUUCUGCCGCUUGGGGACAACGUACUCACACACAACCUGGGCAUUCCGGUGCUAAUAGUUUGCACAAAGUGUGAUGCUGUCAGCGUUCUAGAGAAGGAGCAUGACUUCAGAGAGGAGCACUUUGAUUUCAUCCAGUCCUACAUCAGGCGAUUUUGCUUACAAUAUGGAGCUGGCCUGAUCUAUACUUCAGUCAAAGAAGAGAAGAACCUGGAUCUGCUUUACAAAUAUAUUGUACACAAGAUGUAUGACUUUCAGUUCGUCACACCUGCCUUGGUGGUGGAGAAAGAUGCAGUGUUCAUUCCGUCAGGAUGGGAUAAUGAGAAGAAAAUCGGAAUUUUGCAUGAAAACCUCACAACGAUCAGACCAGAAGAUCCAUUUGAAGAUUUUGUCACAAAGCCUCCAGUACGAAAGUUGGUUCAUGACAAAGAAAUAAAUGCAGAAGAUGAGCAGGUAUUCCUGAUGAAGCAGCAGUCUUUGUUAGCAAAGCAGCCAGCCACGCCAACAAGAGGAGCAACAGAGUCUCCUGGACGGACAACCUCGGGGUCUCCCAGGCCUGCAGGUCGUGCCGGCCAACCAACCAUCACCAGCUCACCGAUGGCUGCUGUCAAAAAGCCUGACCCCAACAUGAAAGCAGCUGGUGCUGCAAAUGAGGGAGUGCUGGCCAACUUCUUCAACAGUCUGUUGAGUAAAAAGACCGGAGCCCCAGGAAGCCCAGGAUCUGGAGCUGUUGGAGCUGGAGUUCAAGGGUCCGCCAAGAAAACAGAUAAGGCAACUUGUGACAGGCCUGUAUAUACUAAAAGCUCCUGCAUGUAAACAGUCUCUUACACCAUUUCAUAUCCCACAGCUCUCUUGCUCAGCUAUUUUUUUUUUUUUUAUAGUUACAUCAUCUGUUAUUGACAUCAGCAGUUCAUAUUUUCAGCUUUAACUUAUUUGUUUUUCAUUUUGUUAUAUCUGAUAUAACAAAAUCAAAUGCUGCAAUGUCUGGAUGCACACAGCUGGAGAAGCUGUUGCGUAACUCAUCUCUCUGCCAGAAACCACUGACAUGAACCUUUUGUUCCAGCACUGAGCACUGGUAACAUCUCUGUGACCCAGUUGAAAGGAUAAUGCAUGUGUACAUGUUGUUUUGUCUGAUGAGUUUUGCAUGUGUGUCAACUGUGGAAGCAAACCGCCAAUAACCAGCAUGGGAGCGCAUUACCAUCCAAACUCCUAUCGUCUGCUUGCUGGCCACAAAAACCUGUUAUUUAUGAGCACACACAGAAGCUACAGGAGAUUACCUUUGGGCUUUGUGUCCUCUCUUUUUCAAGGGCAGAAGCCGGGUUUGACUGACGUCCAGGCUGAAUUGGACAGGAUGACUCGCAAGCAAGACUCCAUGGUUUCAGCUAACAACAUACCGCAGACGGAGAACGAAGCGUGAAGGCAACAAAAACAGCUGCAUCGUCCUCUGCGUUAUUACUCUGGAAAUAUAUAUGUACGUGUGAGCAUUUAAAAAAAAAAAAAAAAAAAAAAAAGACCAAAUUCCCAACACCUUUAUCAGUCAGCACACAGUGGUUUCACAGAAUGAGCUUCAGAUGCUAUCAGAUGUUUUAGGUGAGAUGGGAAGAGACAUGGAAGUGUUAAUGCGAUGAGAAGCAGUGAAGGCCUGGCUUCAUUUCUGUCUUCUCUUCCACUGUAAAUGUUAUUUUCUGAGGGAUGUCAGUUUAUCGAAAUGUGUGCACACUCCCUGGCAGUCAGGCUGAUGCGCCGGACUACAGGUCCCCCAUUUCUGGGGUAAAAACGCUGUCCUCAUGGAUUUCAUGAGUUACAUACUGGUCCUGUAGCUUCUGCUUCAGCUCAUCUCAUGGAAGGAAUUUGGUUGUGAUUGGAAAGGUAUUUAAACAUUUAAAUAUUAAGAUAAUACUUAUGUAUUUAUACAAAGGUCCUCCUUUUUAUUUUAUUUUGUGCACCAUUUCUUGGUUUAAGGAAAAAUUUAUCUGUAUCACGUAACAUGUUUAAAAAGCCACUGACAUCAUGACACUAAUAAAAAAACAGUCCUGAUAGCUGAUAGCAUAUCAUUUGCCCUAGUCAUCUCGGAGGAUUAUGUAAAUAUAAAUGCAAAAAAAAAAGACAAUAUUCAGGUUAACUUGAUUUUGUAUGAAACGCAUAACUGUCCAAAUUGUGAAAAUGACUUCUUUACUAAAUGAGACUAGUUGGGAUUUGACAGGCUUAGAGGCUGCAUCUGAAUUGCUUCUUUAGCUACAGGUGUGUAUAUGUAGAGGGGAGGCUGGGCAGCAUCUUUCCUACUAUAACUCCUAAGUGCCUCGCACAGGUUAGUUGUUUGUGUCGUAGUAGAGGUGCUUGUCUACACUAGAGGAAAUGCACUGUAGAACCACCGCUUAAAAAGGUUUUUGUUCACUUCUCGUCAUCCAAAUAAUUUAUUUUAUUUUACAUUUUUGAUAAUGUACAACAAGCCUGUGGUCUGUUUUUGAGAAAUAAGAUUUCUGUGGCCUAGUUGAUGGGGUUUAAUGGAUUGAAUGCCUUCAUAGAAACUGUAUUGGCUGCUGAAAUCAAGGAAAAAAAAAAAAAAAAAAAAAAAAAAAAAAAAAAACAUGGAGCUUUUUUGUCCCCAA